AUUAUCUGGAGCCAGCCCAUAAUGCCGCUUCCUCCGACGGCAGAGAAGAGAGGCGUCUUUGAUGCGUGUCCGGCGGCAUUUGCACGUGCAGACGUCGCUCUGCAGGUGAAGGGGCGAGCCGAGGGUUCGUCCACAGAAUAAGACGACAGAAACGGGACGUUUGAUCUGACAUGGAUCCUGAUGACGGCGACGAGGAGCUGCAGUGAAAGCACAAACCUUUCUCCUGAUGUGAUGAAGGACUUCAGCGCGACUCGCUCUCUGUUCUUGGAACUGCAAUUUUCCUCUCCAGUAUCAGACAGAAGAGCAGGCCGUCAUUUCCUGCAUUGGUUUACUCCUAAAAGCCCAUUUUGAUGUCAAUCCUGAAAAGAAAGCAAUAAAGAGAGCUUUUCAUUGGAGCUGAAAGAGAGGAAGGAGGAGGAAUGAAUCCCUCUCUUUUUGUCUUUGCUCUGCUAAUCAAAUGGAGCUGAAAUGAAAAUGGAGUUUUCUAUGAAAGUGGGGCCUUUGUUGGCUUUGGAAGGCUGGUAAUUCAGAAACAAUAAGGCGGCCGCCUUUUGUUUUGCUUCUAAUAUAUUCCUGCUGCUGUGUGCACACGUGCACGCCCGCGUGUGCACGCCCGAGCCGGGGUAAAAGCCAAAGCGAGGCGGCGGCGAGGAGAGAAAGAGGGAAUAUAAAAGGAGGCAGAGGCAGACUUUCAUUUAUUCUCCUGACGGAGUCGCCGAGCGGCGCCGCUCCUCGUCCGUCACCUUUUGACCUUUUGACGCAGCCCAGAACGGACCCAGAGGUCAUCCAAACGUCCGACGCCUGGAGAGCCGGACACUCGCCAAACUGAAGAGCGCAGGAUCUCUGCGGUUCCCGUUGAUGAAGCCGUCAAUAACCCUGCAGACGUCCACUUCCAGUCAUUUCUUCAUGAUGCUUCCAUCUGAAGGGAUCCAGGUUUUGAUAAGAUGUCAUAAAAGGCGGAAUAAUCCCUCGGAUGGAGCGGGAGUGCUCCCGUGUUUCCAGCAGCGUCUCGCGGGUCCGCUGACUCGGCGCUCUGGGCUCUUCCAGGUCAGCUCAGCGCCGCUGUCCAGUCCAGCUCUGCCAACUGCAGCAGAAACAUCGGCGUUCAUCACAAAACACAGAAUCACCAACUCAGGAAAGGAUGUAUUUGGAGACAUUGGAGCUUCUUCUUGAUGCAAGAUGGACACAAAGUGUGGAAGAAACACCUGAUCAAACAAGAAUCAUGGAUUUCCAAUCGAUUUGUCUGCAAAAAUCCCCCAGCAGAGAGCAGCGGAUGUAAAUCCCAGCGCGGUGACAAAGUGCCUCUCCCUCUUCUAUUACUGGAUCAAUAAAUCCUGUGUUAGUAAAUAGAGAAGAGUGUCGCUCCUUCAGUCAAUAUCAAGCCUCUCUGUCCGCUUUUCCCCCUGAUUUCUGCCUCUGAGAUGAUGCUUGUGGCGCAGAUGUGACAUUUACGGGGGGAUACGAGCCACUCUGGAGCACUACACCCAACCGGGACCCACAGAGAGACGGGCAUCCAGCCCCAGCGGCGCGCCAACACACUUAACCAGCCGCGUGAGAGGCUGACAGCACCUGGCAGACGCCACUUUGGGAACGCCAUCCCCAAACCUAUGGCUUUAUUCAUCUUCUGGUUUCUAAAAACAAUGUUUUCAGGUGUUUAAGACAAAAUGAAAGUCCUCCUCUGGUUUUUUUUAUUUUGUUUUAAUAGAAAAAAGUACUAUUUAUGUUUGUUUACUGUUUUCGUUUGCUGCCCUGCUUCUUUUUGCUGAAACAAAAGAUGCUCUGGGCGUCAGUCACCUGUUGCCUAGCAACGGGCACAACAAAAAAAGCACCUGUGGCUCUGAAUAGAAGAGCUGUGUAGUCCUUAUGUGGACAAAAAGGGUGAAAAGAGGGGGAGGUGUUGAGAGGACAUGUGGCUUUAGGAGUGUUCUGAUCGAGAAAUCUGAAAUAUUGAGAGAAAAACGGUUCAAAAUGUUGUUUUUGGGGUUAUAAUUGAAUAAAGUGUUAUAAACAGAUCCACGUAUGAGUGUUUUCUAUAGUAGAUGACAGAGGGAGUCAUUUUUAGUUCUCCACGUCACGAGAACCUCGAGCAUGCAAAUCUGCGCUCGCGCCUCUCCAUUGGCCGCCUCGCGCUCAUUUAGCUGCUGUCAGCGCGCGCAGACACAGCCGGGCACGCUCCUGGAACUUUUUCCCCCCUCAGCCCGGCGCAAAGUGAGCUCAAACCCCGGUGGAUGUCGAGGGGGGGGACAGGGGCCGCUGCAACCUGCUCGGGGACUUCGACGCGAGGGUGUCCCGCGCGCGCCGCCUGAAUGUACAGCAUCAUGAUGGAGACGGACCUGCAUUCCCCCGUGGUGCCCCAGACCAACCCGUCCAACCCGGGGGUGCACGCGGGCGGGAAGGCCCCCCAGGAGAGGAUCAAGAGACCCAUGAACGCCUUCAUGGUGUGGUCCCGGGGCCAGCGCAGGAAGAUGGCCCAGGAGAACCCCAAGAUGCACAACUCGGAGAUCAGCAAGCGGCUGGGCGCGGAGUGGAAGGUGAUGACGGAGGCGGAGAAGAGACCCUUCAUCGACGAGGCCAAGCGGCUGCGGGCCAUGCACAUGAAGGAGCACCCGGACUACAAGUACCGGCCGCGGAGGAAGACCAAGACGCUGCUGAAGAAGGACAAGUACUCGCUGGCGGGGGGGCUCCUGGGCUCCUCUGCGGGGCAGCGGCUGGAGAGCCCUGGAGGGGGGCAGGUGGGCGCCAACGCGGGCUACGCCGCGCACGUCAACGGCUGGGCGAACGGCGCGUACUCGGCGGCCGCGGCGGCGCACGCCAUGAUGCAGGAGGCGCAGCUGGCGUACACGCAGCACCCGGGCGCGGGGGCUCACCCGCACCACCACCUGCACCCCCACCACCACCACCCGCACGGCGCGCAGCCCGUGCACAGGUACGACAUGAGCGCGCUGCCCUACAGCCCCAUCUCGAACUCGCAGAGCUACAUGAGCGCGUCCCCGCCGGGAUACGGCGGCAUCACCGGCUACACGCACCAGCACCAAAGCUCCGGGGUCUCCCCGGUGUCCGGGGCCACUUUGGGCUCCCUGGUCAAGUCGGAGCCCAGCGUCAGCCCGCCGGUGUCCAGCGGCCGCGCCAUGCCGCCGUGCGCCACGGGGGACCUGCGGGACAUGAUCAGCAUGUACCUGCCGGGCGGGGAGGCGGCGGGGGAGCAGAGCAGACUGCACGUGCUGCACCCGCAGCACUACCAGGCCGGCGGCGGGAGCUCCACCGCGGUCAACGGGACGGUUCCGCUGACGCACAUCUGAACCAAAAACUCCAACAGCUCCGUGGACGCGCGCGCGCCGCGCCGGACUCCUGUACAUUCUGGGCGCUUAGAGCCAUAAAAUGCAAUCACUGAACAAACUUUUUCCUCUUUUUUUAUUUGACAAUUUCCUUCAGUAAUUAUGAUUUUUUUUGUGCGCAUUUUACGCGUUUCCGCUCUGUGGAUUGGAGCAUGCCAACUCUCUUUUUGACACGAUUUAAACGAUAAUCCGUGAAGGCUGCUGGUUUUCACGCACUUUUUUCAGUGGAAUUAGUUUGAAGGGUUUUUCAAAGAGUGGAGCGUAAAUAAACGGAAGGCGGUGUGGAACAUGUCUUUAAAAAAAGGAAAGAAAAAAGUUUUAGGCUGCAGUUUAAAUCCAGUUUUGAUGCUUGUAAACAUGUGAGUCAGUCGGUGUCAUUUUGAAUCUGUUUUUGCUGUUGUAAGAUAUUUAAAAUUGUGAAUAAAUAGGCCUAACGGAA